AUGUGGGACUUGCCCAAUGACGUUCCGGCUGCGCCACGUCGUUCGUGCACUGCUGUCUGGUUUCAGCACAGAUGGCAUGCUCUUCACACUGAGCGCUUUCCUGGUCGAGACGUACUCAGUGUUGUGGCCGAGCGCUUCAGGACACCUGCAGAUCUACUUCGGUUGGAGGCUUCACUUUGUGUGUUUGGUUUCUCCUUCAGGGGUGAGACUUGCAGCUCUGUUGCCGUUGUACACGAGAGACAUGAGGGGGAUUCUGAAGAUAACGGUGAAUGGAGGCUUAUCUGUGAUCUCAGGCCUGUUGGCCUUUUGCCGGUUGUCGUUUGUGUCCCUGCGCAAGGGUUUGGCCUCUCGGAUCUGGGAAGACGCCUUGCAAUCCCACUAGAUCGUGCUCUGCGCUUUUCACUUCAUGAGAUCGGCGAUGCCUCUGAGGAAGGGGCCGCAUGCCUCCACACGAUUCUUGUUACUGCUUCUCCUUCCGAGACUGGAGGAGCAUUGCUGAUGCCUGACCGCUAUCAUCCCCGAGGUCCGCUCGCGGCCAUCUCCCAAGGGUCCUCCUUCUUCCAGGUUGGAGUCGCCUCAGGGCAAGCGCUUUUUGUGCACCGUCCUGCCCGACAGCCCAGGCUUAACAUUGCAUCGGAUUCUGAAACCAGCGAGCACAGUGCACAGAGCCAGGGCGGUUCGGUUCAGGUUCUAGUUCUUGCGGUUGAUUGGGUUGGCAAGCCUGUUGAGGUAGACCUGACCUUUCCCGAAUCGGAACAGGACCUUUUUGCAGCGGUUGCGGAGGAGCUGCCUCACAGCUUUGCUCUUCUCUAUCCGCACUUUGUUGCGGUGUGGCCACAGCCCUCUGUUGAGUGGGCAACGGUCCUAGCGCUUCCAGGCUGGACAGUGAGUGAAGAUAUCAUCAUUCUUGACAUGCGUCAAGUUGAUGGCAGACUGUUUCCGACAGCUUGUGCGCCUGUUCUCAUGCUGGGCAGUCUGUUUGAAAUUGCCGAUCUCGAUGAUGAUGGCACAUGGCAGGUCACGGCUUUUGGUAGAGCAGUUGAGAAUCGCGAUGAGUUGCUACACAUUGUCAGGCACGGCUGCGUGGUUUUCUCUCGGGUUGGGACACCUGCGCCUCACAAUGCUGACCUUGCCACUAUGCUGGCUUCUCCCUUCGGAUGGAAUGUAGAAGCCUCGGUGCCGCUUGGCCCUGGUGGUCGUCGCGGCAACUUCAUCUGUGCAGUGCUCGAAGCAGGUACGCGCCUGUACCGGGUUCAGCCGGCGCAAGAUCGUCACCAUCUCGAGGACAUUGCUGAAACCUACGGUCUUGCCCUUCAUUGGACGACCGCACAGGUAGUGCGUCCCGCGGUGCACAAUGCUUGUGUUAAAGGACACCGUUGUCGUGGCGUUGCUUUGAUCUCCGGUGCUUUUCCCAGUGUACCGGUGCCGCCGGCGCCCUUCCGGCCGGGGGACUUCCCGAUUGCUCUCGACUGCAGGCCAAUCUUGCAAGGGUGGCAAAUUUUCUUGGUCUUUGACUUUCGUUGCUCUCACGCUGAGAUUGCUCAGCACUACUCUGUGCUGGCGCCACCGGACUUUCAUGCACAAAUCGAUGGUGUAGGCCUGGAUGGCGAUAGGCUUCAGGUUCAGAGGGGCAGCGUGCUCACUGUUUCUUGGGUUCCGAUUUCGCCAGACCAGCAAUUGCCUUCUGAAAGUGAAGCGGCUUUUGAGCCUGUGUGUGAGAUGGCCUCUCCGGGCUCGCCUUCGUCUGUGCGUUGGCACGCCAGCCGCUCCAUUGCUUCGGGGGCGGAAGCGUCAGCCGCUCGCAGUGUACGCAGUCGAUCCCCGCAUCGGACGCGGCUCGCAAAGGCCUUCGCCGCCAUUUGCUUUUCUCAGCAGCCUCUCCUUUCGGCAACAGCUGUGGUUGCGCGUGCUCCUGACUCCGAGACACCAGGAGCUGCUCCUCACUACGCGUUGGAGGAAGCACAGAUACACGCACGGGUUGCGCGUGGGCGGGAUCCUCUGCAGCGCCCCCCUCCCAACGUCUUGCGUGAGGCUCCUGUCUUCCUGCCGGAUCCAGAAAUAGUUCUCGAGUGGCCCGGGCUCCUCACUGACAUCCCUUUUCUUGUCUUUGCACAGGAGUGUUGGCCACAGCGUGUGACUAUCCGGGGCCACGCCUCUAUCCUUGCAGCCAUUGACAUUGCGCCUCACACGAACAUCAUUGUGUAUGUUCGAGACUCGCCUUGGGCGCUUGAGGAUGGUCUGCCUUGCUUCCUUGAGCCUGGGGACCUCAUCUGUGUCGCUUGGCGGGGGCACCCAAUCCUUGUUGCCACCAACCUGACAGACAUGCUCAUGUCCGCUGAAGGUUGGAACCUUCAGGUUGAUCUGCCCGGGCAUUUUGACAGUGCGUUCUGGGUCCUGGCCAACGACGGGCCUUCCUCUUUUCACUUGGCGGCAGGGGAACGUUUUCCGCUGCGCACGAGGCUGGCAGAAUUUGCACAAAUUGCUGCUGAUGAGCUCAAAGUUUGUGUUGCGCAGCCACGUGUCUGGGAUCAUUGCUUCUGCGGGGUAUAUCAUCGUACUGUCAUCGCUGCAGUAUUGGGAUGCCCUCAACACUUUCCUCCUGAGCGACUCCUGGUCUUUCUUGACAUUCGACCAGUGUUGCAAGGCUUCGAGUGGGUCACUGCCGAUCACCCGGGCUUUCCUCUUGAGCCGUUUGUCCGGAGGUUUUCUGCACACUGCCCUCCGGGCUUUCUUGUGCAGGUGCGUGGUGGUGCGGUUGUACACACAGAUCUUGGUGCUCACCUCGCUGUACCUGAUGGCGGGGUACUGUCCGUGCACUUCGUGCCAGCUGCCUUCGACAGUAGCCGUUCCGGCUCUGGGUCAUCAACCUCCUCUGUGUCAUCCGGUUCUGGUGGUUUUGACUCGCCUGAUGCAGAUGCUGGGUCUGAACACGACGGUGCCUCCCCUGCUGUGUCUGCUGUUGGCGUUCAGACGACCGGUGGUCGUGCUCUCCAUGGUCGGCGCGCAUUGUCUCGCAGUCAUGCUGUCGCCAUCUUUGGAUUUGCGCUUAUCGGCAACGCCCUCUUUGGCAAUCGAGAGUGCAGAGGGCAGUGGAGCCCUCGGCCUUGCAUUUUGUCACGAGCAGAGGCAUCUCUAGGGUUUGCAGGUGGUUGGAGUGAUUCUUCUUCGGUUGCUGAUUUCAAUGUUGACGUAGGCCCAACACUUCUUGAAGAGAGCAUACAAGCAUGCAGUGCUUCAGCAACUCAUCCUUUCUUCCUAGCUUGCACCCUGCUUGAGGCACUGUGGGAACAUUCCGUCGAUAGGGGAGCCAAUUUUGACGGGUUUUCUAUUGAAACAGAGGAGUUGAGUGUCCUUGAUGCCACUGAUCCUGUUCAUGUUGCCCUGCCUGCUGCUGCCCCUCACGUGAUCCGACUCGAUGAGUUGGUUGCGGCAGCUCCUGAAGUUCCACACGGAACUGCAGAGCACUUCGAUCUCACUGAAGGUCAAUGCUUGUCCCCCUGUAGUGCUGAGCAUUUGCAGGUCCUCCAGCAUAAGAUUGAUCCUCGCAGCUUGGGUGGUGUUCCUCCUGGGGUUCCCAAGCCUUGGAGGUUCUGUGAUUGGGUCAAUGAGGGGGCUCUCGGCCGAGUGCCAGGGCCAGGCGAGAUUUUGAUCCUCACUGCUGAUGGUUCAUUUUGCCCCAGCACGGGAGCAGCAGGAUGGGCUGUGGUCCUCAGUGUUGCUGCUGUGGGUGAGUCGGGACCUGGACAAUUCGUCGGGUGUUUGUUCGGCGAGGUCUGCACUGAUGUGGUACAGGAGGCUUGUAGUGCCUUUGUUGCCGAAGUGACUGGUCUGCUCUGGGCUGGAGUUGUCGCUUUUCAGCAUCCUACGUUUGCGAACGUCGUUUUCCGUGCUGACAAUCAAGCCGCCUUGCACGGAGUCGGAGGCAGCCUUCAGAUGCCAGAUACGCCAUUGUGUCUUGCCGCUCGCAGCCUGCAUUUCUCCUUUGCGUUGCUGGAUCGCAACACGCCCACGUAUGCCCAUGUGAGGGGGCACACUGGAGAUUGCGCGAAUGAGUUAGCGGACGGGCUGGCUAAUCUCGGAUCUGCCGGGAGGCGGCGUGUGCUUCCCUUCGUCUUUGAUGUUUGCGACUGGCUCGCUGAUAAGGCCGCCAAGGCACGUUGGUUGCCUCAUGUGUGCUUGAGUGCUGUCCGCCCUGCUGCCCUGCCUCGGAUGCGAGGCGGCCUUCUUUCAUGGGCUUCCAAGCAAGAGCCGCCGCGGCUCACCCAGCAUCAAUUAAUGCGGCCUUUUACUCGGGCGCUCGGUGCUUCAAGUGGUGACACAGCGUCGGUCAGCUUUGCUUUUGCAUGUCGAUGCGCAUCCUUUAAUGCGCUAUCACUGCUUGAUCCUGCGCGCGAUGAGGGCCGCGGCGGCGGUCUCUAUGGAGCGGCGGGCCGGGUUGGGCUUCUCGCGAGCUCCCUCUCGGCAUGUCAGAUUUACAUUGCUGGGAUCCAAGAGACGCGCACUCCAGUUGGCAGCUGCGUUCAGCCCUCUUAUGCCAGGUACUGUAGUGGUUGCAAUGAGCGGAGAUGCUACGGAGUCGAGCUGUGGAUUGCUCGUGGCCACAAUUGGCCCUCGCACUCUUUCACAGUCAGCCAUGCGGAUCCGUGUCGCUUGAUUGGGCGUCUACAGUUUGCCGAAAUUUCUAUCAAUGUGCUUGUUGGACAUGGCCCCCACCGUGCCUUUGCUGAUCAGGUCAAGCGCGAUUGGUGGGCUGACACGCUUCGUCUGUGCCGUUCAGGCCUGCAUGGCAGCGACUGGCUCAUCCUUGUUGAUGGCAAUUGCCGUGUAGGGUCUGAGGUGUCCGCCUUUGUCGGGGAUUACCAAGCAGAUGUCGAAGAUGCUGUUUACACUGCUGGCUACCCAGCACAUUUGAACAAUGCAUGGAAGGGGAUGGCGGUACUUACAUGCAGACGCAAACAUGCGCACUUCAACGUUGUGACUUCGUUGGCCUUCCUGGAAGUUGGCGGAUCUGGCAAACUCGUGCCUUUGUGGACCCCAGUGCAAAAACAAGGAGCCCCAAAAAAGGCUCGUCGCAUUGAUCCGGUUGCCAUCAAGGACCCCCAGAACGCUGACAGGAUACGGGGCAUCCUGCGAGAUGCGCCUCACAUCGAUUGGGAGGCCAACGUGAAUGAUCACGCGGCUGUGCUCGUCGAAUACCUCUUCGGCGAGCUUUCUCGGGAAUUCCCUUUGGAACAACGACGCCUUCGGAAGUCUUUCCUUUCUGCAGAGGCUGGUACUCUGCAUGCAGCAGUGGCCAGACUGAGACAUGCCCUGCGGAACCGGACUGCUGCGCUUCGUCUCGCCCGGCUGAGGUGCGCCUUCCUUGCUUGGCAAGGAUGCCAAAGCUUUGUUGACCUCUUUUUCGGGGAAUGGGCCAGUCGAGUGCAGUUGAGUAUUUCUGCCCUGGCGUCUCGGCUUGCUGAUGCCGGACAAGCCCUCAAACGCCUGUGUCGAAGGGACAAGCGCCUGCAUGUUGAUGCUUUGGCAGAUCAGGUGCAGCAGGCACCGGCAGGAGAGGUUCAUGUAGCACUUCGCAGGCUGCUCAGGCCCAAGCGCUUCCGUCGUACUGGACACGACCCUCUCCCUAGACUCCGCAAAGUUGAGGGUGGAUUCUGCACUUCGCAGGCCGAGAUCAACCAGGAAUGGCGUUCGCAUUUUGCUGCCCUUGAAGGCGGACGUCCUGUCUCUGUUGAAGAGCUUGUCCAGUUCGGGGUUCAAGGUCAGGCGCAGGCGGAUCCUGUUGAGGUCUUGUGCUUCUCCGAGGUGCCAGAUUUGCCCUCUCUUGCAGUGCACUUCCGCUCUGUCUGCCCCAACAAGGCGUGGGGUCCGGACUGGAUUCCUCCCGCAUUGUGCAGGCUCUUCUCUUUUCAAAUGGCAGAGGUGUUUUACCCAGUGCUAUUGAAGACACUUGCCUAUACCGCAGAACCGGUCGGCAUGAAAGGCGGAACGCUCUACCGCAUCCCGAAGGCUGGCACGCCCGACCAGAGCGCACUGACGUCACAGAGGGCCAUUCUGGUUCAGUCCGUGCUUGAAAAGGUGCUCCACAAGGCAGUUCGCGGCAUCACAGUGUGCGAGUGGAACAAGCGAGCACCAGAUCUAAUGAUAGGGGGUCGCAAGGGCCAGAGCUACGUGUUCGGUUAUGUUUGUACUCGUGCCUUUCUCGAGUACACAAGGCGACGCUCCAUCCCGUCUGCUAUUCUUUUUACGGAUAUCAGCUCAGCCUACUACUCUGUGAUUCGCGAGCUGCUCACGGGUGGCAAGCUGGAGCAGGCCAACGUCCUUGAAAUCGCCGCAUCCCUGUCGCUCACCCCGGAGGACCUGCAGGUGUUACAGGCCCAUGUUGCAGAUGAGCCAGUUUUGUGUGGUGCCGACUCAGGCCCCCUCCUUGCUGCUCUAACCCACGAGCUUCACUCCGGGACUUGGUUCCUUAUGAACCAGGAUGUUGAGCUUGUACACACCAGGAGGGGCACGCGACCAGGCAGCAGCCUGGCGGACGUGCUAUACGGGCUGCUCUUCACUCGCGUCCUGCAAAGGCGCGGAGACUUUUCUCAUCAGGGCUGGAAGCCCCUGAUUCCCUGGAACGGACGCCGCGAUUUCCAGCCAUAUGACGGCCGUGCUGCGCAACAGACUCAGGUCGAGGUCCAAGACCUCGUAUAUGCAGACGACUUGGCAACCUGCAUUGUUGAGGACAAGUCGUCGCAACUUCCGGCUGCUGUGCGGGGCGUGGCUAGUGCCUCCAUUGACGUCCUUGCCGGACAUGGCCUUCGGGCCAAUGUGGGUCCUCGAAAGACAGCCGCUCUUCUGGCACCUGUCGGUGCGGGCUCGAAAGACGUUCGGCGCCAGGUCUUUUCGAUCAACGGAGGUCGUUUGCCCAUUAUACGAGAAAAUGGGCCUGGAGUGUGGCUUCAUGCCGUCUCGCACUACAAACAUUUGGGGUCGCGCCUUGCUUUUGACGGCAGCAUGGCUGCUGAGGUGCGUUCAAAGCUGCAAGCUGCAAGAGCCUGCUUCCACGAGGGUAAGCGAGAUGUGUUCUGCAGCCCUCGGAUAGAGUUGUCUCGUCGAGUUUCUCUGUUUCGGACGCAUGUUCUUACCUCGCUUUUCGCUGGAAGCGGCGGUUGGCCGUGCCUCUGCAAACGCGGAUGGGUCACCCUGGAAGCUGGUUUCUAUCGAAUGUUGAGGCAAAUGCUGCGCAUUCCACGGCAUGAGGAUCAGAAGUGGACCUAUGAGAGGAUCCUUGCAGCUGUAGGCCUUCCGUCCCUAGAAGGCUUCCUUGCUCUUGAGCGGCUUCGAUUCGCAGCGCAACUUGUUCGUGGAGGACCAGACGCAGUCUUUGCUCUGAUCCAACAGGCGCCGGGCUUUCUCCGAGCGAUUGGGCUGGCGGAGCAGUGGCUCUUGGAGGCCACGGCGGCUACUGGUAGCCCCGGGACUUUUGCUCAGUGUUGGCCUGCAUGGUGUGAGCUCAUGGGCUGCACGGGCCGCUGGAAUGGGCUCCUGAAGCGCGCUGAAGGUUGGCAUGUUCAGCGGAUUUGUGCGCUCUCAGCGUACCAAGACAUGCUCCGUGUUGUUUGGCAGCGCAUGCCCGAGCCAGUCGUUGACAGCUCGCAAGCCCAGCAUGCGUGUCUGAUGUGCCGAGUAGCCUUUAACGAUUGCCACGCUUGGUCCGCCCAUGCUUGUGCCACUCUCUUCUGCACUAACAUCCAGUAUCGCAGGCACUUGCAAGUGUCUUCAAUCUGCUGUCAAGCUCUUGAGAAGGAGUUCCCUGGACUGUUUGCAGUUGUGGAAGAGCAACACGGUCAUGAGCAGGGUCCCUCCAUUGAGGGCGUUGGAACUGCGCAUCUUCCGCCUUUGGCGGACGCGGUCUCGACGCCACUGCUCCGCACCCUUCAGGCUGGGCAGUGGACAGAGGCCGAGCAGAUCUUUGAAGCCGUGACUUCUGUCAUUGAGCCUUUGACGGUCUUGCGUAGCCGAUCUGUGGUGCACGGCAGUCUCCAAGGCGCCAAGGGCAAAGGAGGUCACUUCUUCUAA